AUGUCAUCAAAUGGAUCUCAGCCUGUGCGCACGUCGUACGAUACACCUUCGCUCGCCGCUUUCAAGAAGCAAAUGGAUGUAUUUGAAGAACAGCAUGUGCCAGCGUACUCUAAUGCAAAUCCCAACGUGGGUAGCGAAGACAUCGAGGCAAGCGGUUCAAGACAUGCGUACAACUACAACACUAGGUCAGAAAGUCUCUCCAGUCAUAAGGGUAUAUCUCGUAUCAAGCCUCUCUUCCCUUCUCCUCGCGUCGGUGCACAGUCUUGGGACGAGAGCAAGAGCAUUUCACAGCAACAUAUGGUACCAUGUCAACCUACUCCAGCAGCUAGAUCCUCGCGAGACAGCGCAUGUUUUGAGAACUUGUUCCGUCAACCACCUACAUCUAGCGUACCUUACAUUGUCGCCCCAUCCCCGUCACCAACUAAACUCGCGCUGUCCCAGAAGCACUUGAUACCUCAAGCAGCAGACGAGUUGUUCCGACCAGACGUCAAAGACAUCCACUCAGAUAAUAAGAAGGCUACCGGUCUGCCAACUUUACCCGCAUCAUCCUCAGCUUUGUGGGAAGUCGAUUUCCCGGGCUAUACCCCCGCCCUACUCACCAUCCUCCUGACCUGGUCGCACGCAAUGCAGUCCUUCUACCGGCGCCUUCCGGACCCGAAGACCUUCCCCAUCCAUGCCGCUUUUCCACGCCGCAUUACUCCACCAGCCUACAACCGCCUUAUCUCUGUCGGUUUCUACGACACUAGCUUCAUUCCACACAAGGAGAUCCGGUUCCUGGGCCCAGGCGAUAUGGCUGAAAUUGGCUAUGCAGAGGUUGAUGUCUUCCGCAGCAAGGAGGAAGUUGUCACUUUCAACGCGCAGGCGCAAGAACACCCUUUAAAGUCGCAGGCUAUGAAACGGAGAUUGGGCACCGAAUCCAAACAUGGAGAGCGAAAAAGAACAUUGGGAGUAUACUGGGAUCAGAUAGAUCUUGCGGAUAGUGGAGAAGGACGAUGGGCGUAUGUUCUUAUCAAAGAACAUGCGAUUUCAGAAGAGGAAACUGCGCCGCACGUCAUGCUCGCGUGGCACCUUUCCGCUGUUACCGACACAUCGACUCGUCUCCACACCGUCUUUCCCGACAACCAUGAACCUAUUCUCAGCAAACCACCUGCGACGCCUGCACCACCUGAGCAGCCGCUAAGAGGCUUGGCCUCUCUACAGAACCUCAUCAGCCCGAGCCGUGGCCAGGAGCAUCUCCAUCGUGAGAUUUGCUCUGUCUCGAGCAGUGCAGGUUCAACGGAAGUAGAGGAAUCGAGCAUCCUGCCACAGGAGGGUGCGCAGACGCUGAAGAGAACGGUUGUGAAAUUGGAAAAGGCGGGAAGCAUACCACUUAUUGAGGGAUAUCGAGUUGAUCUGAAAGAGUUCAGGGGUUGGUUGGAUGCGGUGAGCAAGGGAGAAGGGAAGGUCAUCGUCUGGAGGGAGUCGCCGCCUCUGACCUCACUUGCGUAG